UGAUGAAAGUGCAUCACAGUUAGCUCACUUCGAUAACAAUGAGAGUAAUUACUACGGUGGCCGGGUUACUUUUGCUGGUGAUCAGCUCGACAAUAGCGAAGGAUCAACCGGCUGGAUGCCCAUUUCGGCACUUGGAGGCGUUGGAUCUUGCUUCUUCAAAGGCAGAGCUGGAAAAGGGAGGCCGAUAUAAGCGAAACAGCGGAUUGUAUGAUGGCUUGGACGAUCUGCUGAAGAGCGUUUUGCCCAAGAACAGCAUCAGUCCAGGACUGAGCAGUUGGAUAAGCUCGGCCGAACAUGAUAAGCCAUCGCAGCAGCCCAUAAAAUGUGGUGCUCCUCCCCUGAACUGUUUGAAUGAUACGAAAAACCUGCAUUAUCGUAGCAUUGAUGGCUCGUGCAAUAACUUGCUGUAUCCCGAGUUCGGCAUCGCGACCUCCCGGUAUAAGCGUCUUCUGCGGCCUGCGUACGUGCAGAACGGACAGACGGUGCCCAACGCACGUUUGCUCUCAUUGUCACUGUACGGCGAGAAGACAGUGAUGGACAAGUUUCGCACGGUGGCUUCCAUGCAGUUCGGCCAGUUCGUCGCCCACGACAUCAGCCAAUUGACCACAAGGGGCGCGCCCAGAGAUUGUUGCGCCGAGUCGCGUCAUCCACAGUGUCAGCCCAUAACAUUAGCGGCGGGUGGACCCAUCGCCUAUAACACGGGCAAGUCAUGUCUCAGCUUUGCACGCGCGCUGUCCGACGCGGACGGCAUCUGUCCCAAGAGCGGGCUGCCCUACAGCGAAAAGUUGUCGGUGGUCACGGCCUACUUGGAUCUGUCAUCAGUCUAUGGAAAUUCUCCGGCGCAAAAUCAGCGGGUGCGCCUGUUCAAGGGCGGUCAGCUCCGGACAGUGUACGCCAACGGGCAGCAGUGGUUGCCCGUGACGCAGAAUCACGAAGGUGAAUGUGGCAUUAAUAGUGAGUGCUACACCAUGCCCGACCUACGCAAUCGAUUCACACCGACGAUUGCUGUACUUCAUACGAUUAUGGUGCGGGAGCACAACCGACUGGCCGAGCAGUUGGCCCUGCUGAAUCCCCACUACAACGAUGAGCGCUUGUACCAGGAAGCCCGCAAGAUCAAUAUUGCGCAGUAUCAGAAGAUCACAUACUACGACUACCUGGUGGCCGUUCUGGGCAGUGCUUACACGAACAUGAAUGGCCUGACUUACCCCUACUCAGAGUACUCAACUGACUAUGUGAACGAUUAUGACGAGAGCGUUAACCCCAAUCCCUACGCUGAGUUUUCUGCUGCUGCCUUCCGUUAUUCGCACACUCAGAUAUCGGGCUGGUUCUCAAUGGUUUCGUCUGAUCGCUAUGCAAAUCAGACAUUACGGCUCAGCGACUUCUUUGAGACUCCUGAGACCAUUCGUUUGCUGUCCUCAAACUACAAUUUCGCUGAUUUGGUUCGUGGAAUGGCAACACAGCUGCAAAAGCGAGCUGACUCCAACAUCGAUCGCGAGAUCAAGCACUUCUUUAAUCGCAAAGUGUUCGAGGAGUUCGGAUCCGACCUCAAGUCGUUAGAUAUCCAACGUGCCCGCGACUUCGGACUUCCAUCGUAUAAUGAUCUUCGUGAGUUCUGUGGUCUGCGGCGAGCCCAUGAAUGGUCGGAAUUCGCCACCGAAAUAUCCGGAGAGAAAAUUAAUUUAUUGCGCAAGCUGUAUGCCUCCCCAGCCGAUGUUGAACUGAGUGUGGGUGGUACUCUCGAAUUCCACGUACCAGGCUCAUUGUUUGGCCCUACGUUGCUGUGUGUGGUCGGAAAACAGUUCCAAAACACUCGUCGGGGCGAUCGCUUCUUCUUUGAACGCGAAAACCAUCUCAGUGGCUUCUCACGCAGUCAACUGGCGGAGAUACGGAAAAUAAGCCUGGCUUCACUGUUCUGCAAUAAUGUGCAAAGCUUACAUUAUAUCCAGCCGAAUGUUUUCAUUUUCCCCAAUACUCGCAAUGUUUUGAUAAGCUGCAAUGAUAUUCCUCAACUUGACCUUACUAAAUGGCAAGACCUAACUCCCCAACUGGUUAGCUAAACAGGUUAGCCAAUUUAGUGGGAUGUCUUUAAAUAUUACUUUGUUAAAUAGCCAGCUGACAAACAAUCCAAAGCACUAAAAUGAUUUCAGCUUCAUAAU